AUGGCGCUGGUGCUGAUUUGCGGCCAGCCGUGCAGCGGCAAGUCCACAGUAGCGAGGCAGCUUGUAGCGGCUCUCGAGGCUGCUAUUAACGAGCAGCAGAAUAGCACUCCCGGCGAUAGAAGAUUAAGUGUGGUCCUCCUAGGCGAGGAGCAGCUUCACAUAGGCCGAGACGACGGGUACCAAAAUAUGGUGGCUGAGAAGAAUCUGCGAGGAUCUCUGCGUUCUGAAGUGGAUCGCGCGGUCGGCAAGGAUCGAAUCGUGAUCGUUGAUUCGCUGAACGCCAUCAAGGGCUACCGAUACGAGCUGUGGUGCCUGGCUCGUGCUGCUGCCACCAAAUACUGCGUGGUGCAUUGUGACGUGGCGGCAGAGACGGCAAGGGAGUGGAAUGACAGGCGCAGAGAGGGAGGGGAACCCUGCUACGCUCCCCACGUCUUGGAGGAUCUGCUGGGUCGAUUUGAGAGGCCGGUGGGCCGCAAUCGCUGGGACUCGCCCCUCUUUGAACUUCAUACUGCCACCGAGCAAGCAGCAGAGGAGGCAGAGCGGGUUAUAGGCGAGGUGGUGGCACUGCUGGUGGGAGGAAGCGGAGCAGCGAACGGACAGGGGCGAGCAGGCAGGGCUCUGCAACCUACUGUUGCCACUCAAACAGCUACAGCGUCAGAUGCCAAUGUGCUGUAUGAGAUGGACCGGGCCACAAAGGUGGAGGUUCCCACAUGGGCUGACAUCGUCAAGACAGGAACCUACAAGGAACUUGCGCCCUAUGAUCCCGAUUGGUACUACAUCCGCGCUGCCUCCAUGGCUCGCAAGGUGUACCUGAAGCCUGGCGUUGGAGUCGGUGCCUUCAAGAAGAUCUACGGCGGGCCGAAGAACAACGGGUCGCGGCCGUCGCACUUCUGCAGGAGCAGCGGGUCCAUCGCCCGGCACGUGCUGCAGCAGCUCGAGUCCAUCGGCAUCGUCGAGCAGGACACCAACGGUGGGCGUCGCAUCACCUCCGACGGGCAGCGUGAUCUUGACCGCAUUGCUGGACGGGCUGCUGCUGCCGCUGUGGAAGGUGCUGAGGAGGAAGAGUAA